UAGAGCACAAACAUUCUGCCAUACACAAAUCCUGGCCACACACGUACACUACAUGAGCAAUAAUAUGUGGUCACCUGCUCGUCGAACAUCCCAUUCCAAAAUCAUGGCCAUUAAUAUGGAGUUGGUCCACCCUUUUGUUGGUUUAACAGCCGCCACUCUUCUGGGAAGGCUUUCCACUAGAUGUUGGAACAUUGCUGUAUGGACUUUCUUCCAUUCAGAGCAUUAGUGAGGUCAGGCACUGAUGUUGGGCAAUUAGGCCCGGGAAGUCGGCGUUCCAAUUCAUCCUAAAGGUGUUCGAUGGGGUUGAGGUCAGGGCUCUUUGCAGGCCAGUUAAGUUCUUCCAUACCGAUCUCGACAAAUCAUUUCUGUAUGAACCUCACUUUGGCCAUGGGGGUAUUCUCAUGCUGAAACUGUUGCCACAAAGUUGGAAGCAUUGAAUCGUUUAGAAUGUCAUUGUAUGCUGUAGCUUUAAGAUUUCCCUUCACUGGAACUAACUAGUCCGAACCAUAAAAAAACAGCCACAGACCAUUAUUCCUCUUCCACCAAACUUUACAGUUGGCACUAUACAUUGGGGCAGGUAGCAUUCUCCUCGUAUCCGCCAAACCCAGAUUCGUCCGUCGGACUGCCAGACGGUCAAGUGUGGUGAUUCACUCCAGAGAACGCGUUUCCACUGCUUCAGAGUCCAAUGGCAGCGCUCUUUACACCACUCCAGCCAAUGCUGGAAGGGUGAUGCUGAAAUUGCCAAGUCCACUAAUUUGAAGGGGUGUCCACAUACUUAUUUGUACAUAGUGUACCUCUCUGUUACACACAUCAAUUGAUCUGACUACAUGGUGUUUGUUUUUAUGUAAGACAUCUCAUCUGGGCAGAAAAACACUGAACUGAAUAAACUGCUAAAGAAGAGUGCAGGAUAUCUAGUCUGCCAAUGUGAACGUAUUGAUGUUAGGUAUUGCACAAAACAGCCCUGGAGUAUUCCUACCUUAGUGGACUUUGUCUACGUUUAUCCUCAACACUAGUUUUUGAAAUAUUAGACCGUAAAUCUAAUGUCAUUAUGACCAAUUGGAUUGAAUCGAGAGAAUUGGCUCAACAAUAGGAUUGGCACCAGGGUUGGGUUAAGUCUAAAAAUUAUAUUCUAAUUCAAUUCCCCCCUCCCUGAAAAUUAUAUUUAAUUCAAAUUCCAGGUCAGUCUUUGAAUUCAGACAUUCAUUUCCUCUCAAUUCCAAUGUUAGGUCAAUUCCGAGGAUUCAAUCUCUAAUGCAAUAUUAUCCCCGAAAACUCAAAUUUCUUCAGGCUGAUCAUGUCAUUGUUCAGACAACCUAGCUAUAUUGAAAUUAUUUAAAUUGCAGUCAAUUUGUGAUACGAAGUUCAUUAACUGUGAAAUUUACAAAUAUUAAAUUCAAAGUCAAAACGGUCUAAUUUCAAGAUUGUUGAAAUUAUAUUGAAUUCAAUGUAAAUUCUCCACUUCAUGAGUGAAUUUAAUUGGAAUUUUAAAUUGGAAUUGACCACAACCCUGAUUGGCACAAAACACUUACUUGUGUGGUAAUUGGUCCUCAAUUGCUCAGAGCUCCUUCUGGCAUACAGUACACAGACACCUGGGUCAAGGCCAAAGGAUGGACUCCAUCAGAUUGUGACUCCUGAGAACACUGUUUCGGCACACUGAGUGAGCUGGCGUAGACCAGAUCAGACUAACUGGGAAUCCCACUCUACUCCAGACCCAUUAGGCUGCCAUUUUGACUUGCUCAACUUAUCCAAACUGUAGUAUUUGGGAUCUACAUCUGUUUAUAUUAGUUACUAUGCUGUUACUAAGCGGUGAUGUAUUACGACAGUGUUACGUUACUACACCUAAUAGGAAAUGCACAUGCGCACUAGUGUGCCCGGGGACUGUAGAGCACGAGAGGUUUUGACUAAACGAAAACUAACUGUACUCCCGUCUCCUGCCUGGUCAUUUCUCCACAACACAGAUAUUACAGUGGCGACGAGGUGAUUAAACUUAUUUAACGGACAUUGCUUGAAGGGAAGAAUGUUGCGUGAAUAAUGAAACUCAAUAUAAUUACGUAAUUCGUCAUUUUUUAUUUUCUUUCGCCAGUAAAAAAAGGCUAAGCACUGCUAGCAGGUACAGUGUUCAGGAGCUGCCAAGUAGCAAGACUAUUGGAGUCCAGAAUAGCGACACUGCCCUCUGGUGGUUAAAUAAAAAAACUGUCAUUGAACCCAUUGAAAUUAGGCGAUCUCAGUGGAGAAAUAUUGUCAAGAAAAAAAAAAGGAAGAAGGAACGUAACACGGUGUGUACAUUAUUACAAAUGAGUGCAGUGAACGAAGUAAUUGCAGAAACUUCUGAAGUGAAGAAUUAGAUGAAAAUUAAGGAAUAAGGAAACUGAACAAUUAACUGUGAAAAUGGCAACCAUUGGUCGAGUACCAGUUUGAGGCUACAAAAGAGGAUUUUGAUUCCUAUUUGGAGCGUUUUGAGCGUUGGCUGGCUGCAAAUGAAAUCAAAGAUGAAAAGAAAGCAGAUGUAUUUCUCAGUGUUUUGGGUCCAACUGAGUAUGGAUUGAUGAAAGGUCUCAUUGAACCAAUAAAAGCAGUGAAGUUGAACUAUGCAGAACUGACUGAAACUCUUUCAAGGCAUUUCAAGCCUAAGCCAAUUCUCAUUGCAGAAUGUUUCAGAUUUUACCAACGUCACCAGAGUCAAGGGGAAACCGUGGCUGACUACAUCCUUGCUUUGAAAAGGCUGGCAAGUACAUGUGAGUUUGCACAAUUUCUUGAUGAUGCUCUUCGAGACAAGUUUGUAUGUGGUCUCACAGGUGAAGCAUAUCACAGAAGGCUUCUGUCAGAGAAGGACCUAACCUUUCGGAAAGCCUGUGAUAUCGCACUUGGACUCGAGCUUGCCCACAGGGAUACUAUUGAGCUAUCGGGAUAUGCAGAACGUCAGAAAGGUGUUCACAAGGUCAGUGAUGCACGUGGUGAAAAAGGCUCACAAAAGUCACACUUUUCUCAGCCCCGUCCUCAAGGUUACACAAGAACAAAGCAGCCCACAUCUCAAAGGUCUAAGCCAAGUUGCUACAGAUGUGGGGGAGAUAAUCAUCAGCACAGUGAAUGUCGAUUCCAAAUGUAAAGUGCCACAAUUGUGGAAAGGUUGGACAUUUACAGAAAGUGUGUAAAGCCUCAAAACGCACAGCAAGAGCGCACAGUGUCAGACGCAGCACAAGAAGAGGAAGGUACUACUGAAACAGUAUUGGAACUGUCCACAGUGUACACAGCUCAACAACAAAAAGAUGGAAUCUAUCUCAACAUGGAGUUAGCGGGAAAACCGGUAAAAAUGCAGCUGGACACCGGAGCGUCUGUAUCUCUGGUUCCAGAGAGACUCUACAAAGAAACUGAAAGAGUGCCCUCUUCAGCCAGCGUCCAUCCGCCUUUCUUCAUACACUGGUGACACUAUUCCUGUGUUAGGGCAGAUGCAGGUACCAGUCCGGUAUGAGGGGAAGGAGUGGACGCUACCGCUUGUCAUUGUUAAAGGAGAAAAAUCAGCCUUGCUAGGCAGAAACUGGCUACAAAAGAUCAAGUUGAACUGGGGAGAAAUCUUCAGUCUGAGAAAGGACAAACCAGUGAGUCAGGCUACACUCACUAACAUGCUGGAGAAGCACAAAGAACUUUUCAAGGAUGGCUACGGCGAAAUACAAGACUUCACAGCAAAAGUCAGAGUGCAAAAAAGGAACCAAGCCUAUCUUUCACAAACCACGUCCAGUUCCCUAUGCUCUUAAGGAAGCAGUAGAGAAGGAACUGGACCGCCUACAGAAGAAUAACAUAAUCACGAAAGUAGCGAGGAGCGACUGGGCCGCUCCGAUUGUUGUAGUCCCAAAGAAAGUCAAGACCGUCAGAAUGUGCGGUGACUACAAGGUCACAGUAAAUCACUGCAUACUACCAGAGGAUUAUCCACUACCAAACGCUGAAGAUCUGUUUGCCACUCUAGCUGGUGGGAAGGUUUUCAGUAAGCUGGACCUGGCAUUCACUUAUCAGCAACUGAAGCUGGAUCCGGAGUCAGAACAGUAUCUGACCAUCAAUACACACAAGGGGCUAUUCAGAUUCAAUCACUUGGCCUAUGGAAUCUCGACAGCUCCAGCGAUAUUCCAACACACAAUGGAUCAGAUCUUGGACGGUAUAGACAACGUUGUGUGCUUCAUGGACGUCAUCCUCGUGUCAGCACCAACCAUUGGAGAGCACCUUGUAGUGGAACUAUUACGGAAAGUUUGUGGCAAACUUGUCCACAUUGUUGCAUCCGCUUCACCAACUGCUGCAGGCCGAUACAAAGUGGAAUUGGUCCCCACAAUGCGAAGAAGCAUUCAAGACUUGCAAACAUCGUCUGCUAAAGAGCAAGUGGCUUGCCCACUACAACACAGAGAUGAAGCUGAGACUCGCGUGUGAUGCAUCUCCAUACGGAGUAGGAGCCGUCAUCUCACAUGUUCUAUCGUCAGGUGAAGAACACCCUAUUGCAUUUGCAUCACGGACUCUGUCACCAAGUGAGAAAAAUUAUGCUCAAAUUGAGAAGGAAGCCCUGAGCAUAAUAUUCGGAGUGAAGAAGUUUCACAAAUACCUGUACGGAAGGAAGUUCCAACUGCUGACAGAUCACAAGCCUCUGUUGGCCAUCCUUGGACCAAAAUCAGCUAUACCAACCCUUGCUGCACUUUGAAUGCAACGUUGGGCUCUGAUAUUGUUAGCCUACAACUACGAGAUUGAGUACAGACGAUCCAGUGAUCACGCAAAUGCAGAUGCACUAUCAAGACUACCAUGCAAUAGUGACUCCGACAGUGAAGAUGAUAGAGCAGUCUUCCAGAUCGCUCUCAUUUGACGAACUGCCCAUAUCUGCUUCAGACAUAGCAGAGGAAACAAGGAAAGAUCCAGUGCUUUUCAAAGUCUUGGACUUAACAUUAGGAGGUUGGCCAAACUUCGUAAAUGACGAUAACCUUCGUCCAUUCAUCGACAAGAAAGACCAGUUGUCCACUGAUCAAGGAUGUGUUCUGUGGGGAUCAAGGGUGGUGGUACCUCACAAAUUCCAGAGGAGACUGCUAUCUGACCUGCAUGAGGGACAUCCAGGGAUCACUCGAAUGAAAGCACUCGCUCGCAGUUAUCUGUGGUGGCCUGGACUGGAUCAGGACAUUCAACAGCAUGUAGGCCACUGCUCACCUUGUGAAGCUGUUCGCAACAAGCCUGCUGCUGCACCUCUUCAUCCAUGGUCCUGGGCUGCUACACCUUGGGAACGCAUCCAUGUGGAUUACGCCGAGAUUGACAAGCAACAUUUCCUUGUUGUCGUCGAUGUCCAUUCCAAGUGGAUGGAAGUGUUCCCUACUCAACUGACCACAGCUGAGAAGACCAUCAAUCUUCUCAGACACCUGUUCGCAUCCUUUGGACUAGUCAAGGAGCUCGUAUCGGACAAUGGCCCUCCUUUCACGUCAAACGAUUUUGAAAUGUUUCUCAAGAACAAUGGAGUAAGGCACAUCCGGUCAUCACCUUACCAUCCGGCAUCAAACGGAGCAGCGGAGAGAGCCGUGCAAACCUUUAAGAAGGCCUGGACUAGACUCGAGGUUCAGUCUGUGCCCACCCAACAAAGGCUUCCCCGGUUCCUGUUUACUUACCGCAACACACCACACACAGUAACGGAAUGUACACCAGCUGAACUGUUUCUGAGACGCCAACCACGUACCCGCCUGACAUUGUUGAAACCAGACUUGUCAAGCACUGUGGCAAAGCACCAGCUACAGCAGAAGAAAGCUCAUGACAGACACUCAAAGACUGUCAGAGAAUUCAAAGAGGGAGAGAGGGUGAUGGUACGUGAUUUCAGACACCCCAAGAGCCUGUGGAACUCAGGUGUGCUCUUGCAACGCAAAGGACCUUUGACUUACCAAGUCCAAAUUGGUCAUCGCCAGGUCAACGUUCAUGUGGAUCAUCUGCUACGGUCCAACGCCCCAGCAGAGAAACGCUGAGAGAACAAGAACAAUAACGACCCCCAGGGCUAUUCUCCUGACUGUGGACGUACGGGAGAGACAGAGCCUGACCUUCCACCCAAACCUGGCCCACUACCGGAAGCCCAGGAGGAGCGGAGAUAUCCUAUUCGACAGCGAAGGGCACCUCAAAAGCUUGACCUGUGAGUUGAGCUGUUUAAGGUAACAGACAGUAAAACAAACAAACACUUUAAUAUGUCCUAGAUAAAAGGAAAGAAAACGGACAUUACCUGGGUUAGUUAUUAGGACACAAACUCCAUCUUCGGGGCAGAAUAAUCCCCUGGAUUUGUGCUGGACUCUGAAAAGUCUGCUUCAACCCAGUAGUUGAAAAAUGUUAAGAAUGCAUUGUUCAGAUAUAUUUCAUUAGUAGUUCCCUAACAUAUUUACCUUGUUCUCUGGGAGUUAAAAACUAUGGGGGAGGAGUGUAGUAUCUGGGAUCUACAUCUGUUUAUAUUAGUUACUAUGCUGUUACUAAGCGGUGAUGUAUUACGACAGUGUUACGUUACUACACCUAAUAGGAAAUGCACAUGCGCACUAGUGUGCCCGGGAACUGUAGAGCACGAGAGGUUUUGACUAAACGAAAACUAACUGUACUCCCGUCUCCUGCCUGGUCAUUUCUCCACAACACAAAUAUUACACAAACAAGCCCACUUCAGUGAUAAAUAUUGUUUGAUGGUUGAUUGUAGAUACGCUGGUUAAUGGUGUCUUAGAGGUUGUAUAAUAUGUUAUGUAGACCCUCAUUCACAACAACCUUCGAUAACAUGCAUGAUUGCUAAUUUCCCCUGGCAUGUACAGUACGUUUCUGGGUCACUGGCUCAUAUUUUUAGGAUCUCUAAGACAAGUGGCAUGUAGGCCUAUGUUACCCUGGUUAAAUGCUUCCCAAAGGUUCCUUUUCUAAAUUCCUCAUAAUGCGUUUUCAUGACAGAUGUUGAAAUAGAGCAGGGAAGCACCAAAACAAGUCAUCAUUCAGAGAUCAGGUGAUAUCCAUUAUGCCCUAUGAGUAACUUCUGGAGACUAAUGUAAACCCUUGCUCUC